GCAGAAUAUAGAGAUGGCUAUGCUAGUGGGUUUCCUAGCUUUGUUUGUUCUGCAAGGAGCAGUUCAUUCUCAAUCGUUCUCCUUUGAUUUCGUUGAUGACUCUGACAAUUUCCCAGGAUUGCAAGUGGACUCCACUGGGAGAACAUUUCUUGCUGCAGACAAUUACCUGUAUAGACUGAAUGCUCAGCUAAUACAAGAGGAGAGAGUUGAUCUAGGAGAUACUGUCAUUGACGAAGGACUGGCCCUGAGCUCUACUGGGAUGUUGGUGGUGUGUUUAGAUGAUCUCUCUUGCUCUCUCUACAAUGCAAGCAACCUCAGUGCUGGUCCCAUCAGGAGUGUCAGUGAUGCUAUAGUAGCUCUUGAUUAUGGAGCAGCUAUCAUUGCGUCAGGAGACACUUUCUUCACUGGAUCUGUAGCAGAAAAUGAGAUAGCACUGCAACAGUUUGGAGAGGGGUUUAGUAGAUCGUCUGAUAACAAUCCAUCAGGCACGCACAAUGAAUUUGUUUUUGGAGGUAGUAACUUUGAACGACAAUUCUACACAUAUGGUGGUUUUGUGAGUGGUGAAUUUGCCUACUAUGUUGUCGUUGACUUCCGACCUGUUAGUGCACAGGCUAUAAGACUGCUACGUGUUUGCAACAUGCCUGAUUGUGGAGGCCCAAGUACCUGUGGAGUGACUGCUUUGUAUGAACUGGGAAUCAAUUGUGGCCUUCAGGGGAUCACUGAAGAUACUUGUUUGUGUGCAGUGUCAUUAGCGGAGGACUUCAGUGGGAUAUCUGGACUCACUGCUGUUAUAAAUCUUUGCCAAGGUGGUAGUAACUCUAUUUGUGUGGUCAAUAUCACUGCUGUCAAUGAAGCUAUGGACGCUAAAUAUGACUCUUGUAUUGUGUCCCGGACUGUUGGAGAAAAAGUUGGCUUACCAUGGAGAACAGGCUCAGAUAACUGCGAUACUCUGCCUCAGCCUCAGGAAACAAGGAACAGAUGUGACACACCCAGUCCAGUCGGCCUUCUUAUCCCAAAUGGUGGUAUUGAAAUAAUAGCACCAGUUCGUAUCAACUUUGGAGACAGUCUUGUCUCUUUUGCUUCAGUAGCUGUGAAAGUGGAGUAUUUUUCCUUUGUGUUUGUGGCAACUCAUAAUGAGUUAACUAUAAGAGGAGUAAGUGCAGUUCUGUUGAGUCAGCUAUAUAUUGUGUAUAAUCAUGGUAUUGUUUGUCAUUGUCACAGUACGAUGUCAGUGGUGCAUCGACUCUGGACCCCGAUAGUGCAUUCUACAUUCAGCCACUGACCUCUGUUGUAUAUCACUUGUCAUGGC